CUAUGAUGGCUGAGUUACCAGAGCGAACCAGUCCGAAGACCAAGAAAAAGGAGGAACCACAGCUUGCGCCUGGAUCACUGCGGGACUAUGGCGCACAAAUGCAGCCGUUACGGAUAUCCAAGAAGCCUGCUGAGGAGAUGCCGCCUGGCUUUCAAUCAUAUAAGCCAGCAGAUAUUUCUGUUGAUAUACCCCCAAACCCAGCGCCUCUUCGACGAGCGACUUUCCAACCUGGGGGGUCAAUGAUGGACGCAAGUCCUGUUCGGCCUCCUGAUAGAGGUCAUUCUGGUACGCCCAAUGUCCUGUCGCCGCCUCAGGUACCACCAAAGCGUCCUCUCGAUGAGCCUUCACAGCCUCAAAUACCGCCAAAGCACCCUGAACAACCUCCUCCUCUGAGCAUCGCCAACAAUGGAUCUUUGGUCCCGGAUCAGCAACCAGAGUUAUCCCAUAUGCCUUCUGUACUGAAGCCAGCACGAGGAAAAGUUCCUGGUCAGCAAACUGUGCCUGGUCCUGCAAGACCACCACAAGGACAUGGUUACGUACCGCCUACACAAGGGAAACAUCCUCCAUCUAUGACUCCAGCACCCCUUUUUCAGCAACAGCGCCUAGAAGAACCGCGAAUGGGCGUCCAAAGGGUCAACACUGUGCCUGAACUAUUACCUUCUCAGAGACCACAGUCCACCGUCCAAACUGGACAUCAGGUGUUAGCACCUAGUACAAUGAAUCAGCAACAUGUACCAAAACGACCGGCUAGUGUGAUGCCUGAAACGGUGGCUGGACAAUCUCGGGAACAAAUCCAAGGCCGUUACAAUGCUGGGCCGCAACAAGGCGGAAAUCUACCUUAUCGAGGUCCAGUUGAGAAUGUGUCACCGGCAGGUCUUCCGCGAUCGGAAACUGCAGGGCCUAUAACUCCAUUUCCUCCAUACCCAGUUGAUAAUCCACCUUAUCCUGAUGAUGGACCAGUUUAUCACAGAGAGAACCCGCCAUACCCAGAAGAACCUUUUGUACAGAAGCAAAUAUCAGGUCAAGGCUCUAGCGAUCCAUCUCCCCCCAUAUCCAGCAACCGGCGACACUCAUCAUUUAGCUCUGCAGUCAUCUCGCCAGAUUCGAGACACGGCAGCAUGUCAUUUCCCACUCAAACGCCAUCUCCCAUGGAACAUAGUCGUCGCGCAUCAACCAAUUCAAGCAUCAAUCCAAACUAUACGCCUUCUCCUGUUUCCCAAACUUCGUCUUCAAUGCAGAGUUUCUCACCAACGCCUCCGUCUGUUCCGACCAAUCAGUAUCAACAAGGAUCAUACUUUACUAUGCAAGAUGUUGAAGGUCAAGGCCAUAACAUUGCUGCCCGAGACGUGCUGCGCAAGAAAUCUCUAAGUCGAAGCACGGAUGCUAGACGUAGCUCGGUCGGGGCAGACCCUGUUGCUGCCCAACGUGGAUCACCUUUGGCGCAACAAACUGGACAGGGUUAUAAUAUUGCACCUCAGGGAGUAUCACGUUCGCAGUCCCUUCGACAAUUACCUCAAGGAAAUGUUGCACCACAAAAUCAACCUCCCACUGCGCCUACGCCACCACCACCACAGGGACAACAAGGCCUAGGACGCAUCGAGGAGUACGAAGAAGCUCCGGGCGCAACAGUGAGUCGGUCUUCGACCGUGAGUGUAACAACAGACAUGAGGAAGGGAUCAGUAGGUUCGUCUGUGCAGCCAAGUCCGAUGGGAAGUCGAAGAACAAGUUGGCAAGCUGAAAGCCCGAAAAAUGUUUCACCUAUCCAGUUCCAAGGACAGCAGGGCCCAAUACCACAGGGCCAUGCAGGACAGCCUAUGCAUCAAAUGCAAGCUCCUCAAGGUGCUCCUAUGGCAGCUCAGAAUUCGAAGCAGUUGCAGCGAAAACCUUCACAAGGACAUGCACCUCAACCUCAAAACCAACAAUUGUCUGCCCGAGAUUCGAGAGCACCUCAGGGAGUUCCUCCACAGCAAGGCCCUGGAUCACAGGGGCAACCUAUGCAAGGCCAGGUGAUACCACCCCAGGUUCAAGGGAAAGCACCUCAUCCUGGGCAGGUAUCUACACCGGUGCAGAAUGUUCUCCAUAAACCUCCUCCUGCGCCUGCCCCAACGCCUCCAGCGCUAGCCCCUAAGCCUACACCAACGAGGUUGCAAAAACGCUCGUCUUAUCCAGCCAGUCCAGCAGGACAGCUGCCUCCUCAACUCCAGUUCCCGCAGGGCCCUGUUCCUCCUGGGCAAAUGCCACAAGGUCCAACGCCAGGUCCAAUGCCUCCACAAGGACAACAACAAAUGGCCUAUCAUGGCCAAGGAUCCAACGGGAGAAUGCAGCCGCAAGUCCAGAUUCCUCCAAACCAACAGCAAUGGCAGCCUGGCAUGCAGCCUAUGACACCUCAGGGCUCUCGCCCAGUCUCUAUGCAGAUGCCAACUCAGGCUUCACAAAGCGCUGGGGCAAAGGAAGGCAAGGAGGGAAAGAAGUGGCUCAAGUGGUUGAAGGGUGGCUCCAAAUCUGUUUCACAUAGUCCAACUACGCCAGUCAUUUCUUCACCUAUAUCACCUGCUAUUGGACGUCCCAGUUGGGGCGGUGGAGAGUAUGCUCAGCAAGCUGUAUGGCAGCCCGGGGAGCCUAUGUCUUCUGCCAAACCAGGCUUCCAGGGAAAUACGGUGCCUCCUCAAUCUCAACCUGGGCAGAUGCAUCAACCAGCUCAACCACCAACUCAGCCCGUCCAGGCACCCCCUCAGCAUGGCCAGAUGGGUUUCAGACCUGGUCAACCACUUCCUCGGACUGGACCACUACCGCCUCAAGCCGCUCAGUUUCCCCAGACCAGUCAAGCGUCUCAGCAGCCAAGCCAAAUACCUCCCCAGUCUGGACAGAUGCUACAUCAAGGAGGACCUCCAGCCCAGCCAGGCCAGAUUAUCCCUCAAACCAUGCAAUUGCCUUCUCAACAACGGCAACCACCUCAGAACAGACAGAUGCCAAUACAGCAGGGACAGAUAAAUACCCAGCCAGGACCAGCACCGACUCCAUCGAGCCAGAUUCCUCCUCAAGCAAUGCAGUUGCCGCCCCAGAACCGACAGUCACCUCCCCAACAGGAACGAAUGCCCACUCAACAGGUUCAAACGCAACCGCAGUUUAAUCAAAUGACGUUUAAGCCUGGCCAAGUUCCUCCCCCAGGUCCAGCACCGAGAGAUCGACAGCCUGAGCCUAGAGGAUACUCAACGGGAGGGCAAUCUGUAGGAGUCUCGGCAACACAGCCUGUGACUAUACCUCCUAAAGUGUCAGACCCUUCCAUGGCUCCUCCUGUAAGAGUUGAACCGAGCAACAUUUCUCAGCGACAAGCGCCACCUCAAAGACAACCAUCCCCAGCCCAACCAAAAGCUUUGGAACAAGCACCUAUGCCUCAGUCUAAAGCUUCUAAGCCGCCUCAACCUCCACAAAUUGCUACGCCAAACACCCUUCAACCUCAGCCAAACAGCCAGAGAGGUAUAUCUCCACCCCCGCCUGCAGUGAGCCCCGGCUUGUCUGACGCGGCUGCUUCCUCGAUAAGUCACAUGUCCUCUUACAGAAGAGACAGCUUCUCGGAUGCUGGGUCAAUCACAACCAUCGAGGUGGCUCAGGCACAGCCACAGCCUGUUUUGAAACCUUCCAUCGUUCAAGUCCACAGGAGAUCAACUGACAUGAUUAGCAAAUCUCAAGUCCAUCUGAAUAACGACUCUCAGUCAAGCUCAGAUGUGACUCCGAGAAUAUCCGCAGAGACUGCUCGUGUGGGAACAGAGGCUGCUCCGCCUCCCUCAAACCUACAAUAUCAGCAGGCUACUUCUAGACCUGAGCCCAUACCUCAGGUCAACACUUCAAAGCACGAUAUCACUACAGCACCUUUGCCCUCCAAACCCGACGAGCCAAAGUUUGUCCAACCCCAUACACGGGACCAACAUAUGAACCAGGAGCCAGCACCGCACAAGGCUGAUCAUCGCUCUGCGGCUUAUGCCAAUUCCAGUAUUCCAAAUCAACACAGCAACAAUAAUACCAAACCGAUUUCGAAUAUACCACAACCGGCACCUGCCAAGCCAGCUGCCCCAGCCGCAGAAGACAAAUGGGCAAAAAAACCAGUAGUAGACUAUUCUGGUGGAGACUGGGGAGAUGAUGAUGACUGGGACUACUGAUAUCUUGAUUGUAUACAUGGCUUCACAUUUCUUAGCGAUCAUAUGGCGGAGUUCAGUAUCCAUUGUCAAGAGUUUGAGAUUGUAUAAGAGCAGGAACUUAAUUGGGAAAUAUAGAUAGAAAACUUGGUAAUCUACAAUCAAGAGUUGGUAGUUGGCUCUUCUCUGGUGGUUAUACACAUCGAAACUAUUUGCUGGUGUUUGACUUCCCUCUCUUGGCCGCUUUUGUCCCUGGAGUAGCACGCUCAAA